UGUCGAAUUGUUCAAAUAUUUGCACUUGGGUAGGACGCGUUACUUGCUUCUCUCGCGAGAUCUGACAACACUGCGCGCGAACCAAACACGGCGAGGAUAAAACAAGAUGGCGUUUGACGGAGAAGACGUAAUUACAGUCGUCACAAUUCAGUGUUCUUAACCUGUGCGUCCAUGUACACAGUUAUGUCGUUUAAUAGACUAUUAAAUAGAGUAAAUAUCGUUAAGAAUUGUUUGCAUCCGGUUAUAUUUGUCUGAGCGCACUUUGAUGCUACUCGAGCUAGCUUAGCUUGCUAGUUAGUAUAGCUUGUUAGCUGCUAACGAAUAGACGCAGAAGUGAUCAACACAUCGCUAAGCAGAGAUCAAGUGUGAGUGUAAAGUGUUGUGAUUUUGUGAAAAUGUGCGAAAGAACGAUAGCGGAGUACGAGGAGGAACUUUCUCCAACAAAAGAGGAGAACGAGCGACAACAUCAACAACUUCAAGUUGUGUUACACAAAACAGACAUCCAUCAGCUGUUGGAACACCAAGAAGAAUGUCUCCCUCAUCUGCAGGGGGACGUUUUCACUUUAGAGUAUCCACAGCCCCUACAUUUUAAAGGGGACGAGGAGGAUCCACAGCCCCCCCAUUUUAAAGAGGACGAGUGUCUUGUAGGGCAGGAGGCGACAUAUCUCACCAAGUUUCCACUGACUGUUGUCUCUGUGAAGACUGAAGACAAUGAAGACAAACCACCUGAGUCCUCACACCUUCAUCACAGUCCAAACGUCUGUGAAGAACAUCUCCCUGAGCAGCAAGAGCGGACCUCAAGGAUGGAGCAGAAUCAGUCACAACCCCCCUAUAUUAAAAAGGAAAAGGAGGAGCCACAUACUUCUCACAUUAAGGAGGAAAAAGAGUCACAGCCCUCCCUCACCUUAAAGAGAAAGAGGAGUCACAGCUCUGCUCACAUUAAAGAAGAAGAGGAGGACCCACUGACCCCCCAUUUUAAAGAGGAAGCUCAACAUUUCUCUCAUGUCAAAGAGGAAGAGGAGGAACACAGCAUCAGUCAGGAGGGAGAGCAUCUUGAAUGUUUGGAGGAGUUCCCAGUGAUUGGUGUGAUUGUGAAGAGUGAAGAUGAGUUCAUAAUUGAAAGUAAGGAGAAGAGAGAGGCGGAGCCUCCAAGCAGCAGCUCAACUCAACACAUGACAACAGAAGCUGAUGGAGACCACUGUGGAGGAUCACAAGCAGACAAGAUCUUAGCUCCACUAUCAGAUAGUGACGACACAACGUCUCACUCUCCUGACACUGAUGAUGAAGACUCUGAAGAUAAUAAGACAUGUCACACUGACAACACACACUUGACAUGUUCUCACUGUGACAAAACUUUUAAACACCAUUGUCAUCUGAAAUUACACAUGAGAACACACACUGGAGAAAAACCUUUUUCCUGCUCAAAAUGUGGUAAAGGUUUUUCACAAAAUUGUAAUUUGAAACAACACAUGAGAACACACACUGGAGAAAAACCGUUUUCCUGUUCAGAAUGUGGUAAAGGUUUUUCACAAAAUUGUAAUUUGAAACAACACAUGAGAAUACACACUGCAGAAAAACCUUUUUUCUGCUCAGAAUGUGGUAAAGAUUUUAGUCUAAAACAAAUGCUGAAACAACACAUGAGAAAACACACUGGAGAAAAACCUUUUUCCUGCUUAGAAUGUGGUAAAUAUUUUAGUCUAAAACAAAUGCUGAAACAACACAUGAGAAAACACACUGGAGAAAAACCUUUUUCCUGUUCAGAAUGUGGUAAAGUGUUUUUUCGAAGUGAUCAUUUGAAAACACACAUGAGAAAACACACUGGAGACAUUUUUUUUUCCUGCUCUGAAUGUGGUAGGGAUUUUAAAGUAAAACACUUGCUGAAACAACACAUGAGAAUACACACUGGAGAAAAACCCUUUUCCUGCUCAGAAUGUGGUAAAGGUUUUUCACGAAAUGAUAGUUUGAAAGCGCACAUGAGUACACACACUGCAGAACAAUCUUUCUCCUGCUCUGAAUGUGGUAAAGGUUUAAAACAUAAUCGUGAUUUGAAAAACCACAUGACAAUACACACUGGAGAAAAACCUUUUUCCUGCUCAGAAUGUGGUAGAGAUUUUAGACAAAAAAAAAUGCUGAAACAACACAUGAAAAUACACAGUGGAGAAAAAACUUUUUCUUGUUCAAUUUGUUGUAAAGGUUUUACACAAACUAAGUCUUUGAAAGUUCACAUGAGCAUGCACACUAUAUAAACCCCCUUUACCUGUUCAAUCUGUUGUAAAGGUUUUGGAUGAAGUCAAUAUUUGAAAAGACAUGAGAAAAAACACAGGUGAGAGUGUUGUGUUGUAGUGUGUGAACUGUCAAAACUUGAAUAUUCACUUUCUAACGUUAUCAGCACAUUUAACAUGUGUGACAUCAUUGUUGUGUGUGUAACACAAUCUUGUUAAUAUGAUUUUAACAUUCAUAGAUCAUAUAGCUGAGCUAUCUUGAUGGAGGAAAGAUGAAAGCACAUGUACCAGAAGCAGCAGCAGCAUUAAGAGGAAACAUUGCAAAUGUACUUCUAGAUAUGUCAAAAAAGAGUAAAGUGUGAAAAUAAAAGACU